AUGUCAAAAAAGAUUAGUGAAGUAGGAGAUAAGUGUGAUGGACUAAAACAAUAUUCUAUUAAGAAAUAUGCAGAAGCAUUCCAAAUGGUUCCAAGAGUUUUAGCUGAAAAUGCAGGACUUGAUGCAACUGAAGUUCUUUCUGAAUUAUUUGUUGCACAUCAAAAUGAUAUUUCAAUGGGAGUUAAUGUUGAUUCAAAUACUCAAUUACUUAAUACUAAACAAGAAAUGGUAUUUGAUAAUUUAGAAGCAAAAAAGAAUGCUAUUAAAUUAGCAACUAAUAUUGCAACUACUAUUCUUCUUGUUGAUCAAAUAGUAAUGCAAAAACCUGCAGGAGGCCCAAAGAUUCCACAACAAAGAAUGCAAGGACCAAUGGAUCAGAAUGAUGCUGGAUUUUAA